GCGCGCGCGGCUGAGGCGCGAGAACGAAGCUGAAACUCCGGAAUCCGAACAAACCGACUUGACUCACAUCGCAUCUGAAGCCGGAGUCACACCGAGAGUAAGAAACAGAGAGUGAGGAACCCAGAGUGAGAAACCCAGAGUGAGGAACCCAGACAGCAGCCUGAGAGCUGUGUGACCAGUCCCAUUUAAAAAAACUCCACAUACAUCAGCAACUCCAAUUUACAGCUGGGCUGCUACUGUCAGACGGGUUUGAGGACAAUCAACUGCAACUGCUGCUGCUGCUGGUGUGUUUUGUGUGGUGUGGACUUUCUCACGUUGCGGUCUGAUACACACACACACAUACAGGAGCUUACAUGCCCAGUACUCCCCCCCAUCUCACUCACACACACACACACACACACAUACUCUCUCUCCCUCUCCCCCUCCCUCUCUGGCACAUACAUACACACACACUCUCAGGGGGGGAGAGGCAGUGUGUGAGUGGCGGAUCCUGUGGUGUGGAGUGUACUGAAGAGAGGAGAAGAGAGGAGCGGAGCAGCAGUCUCUACCAUGCCAGUGCAGGGAGAAAGGCUGGAGCGCUGUCUCUCUCUCUGUCUCUGGAGCCAGAGUCCUCUGCUGUUGCUUGGACUGUUCUCUCUUCACGCACAAGCACACGGCAACAUAUUGGACAGUAUGCUGCUAAGAGCAUCCAGUAAGGAGGCGGUGGAGAGUGGGAAGGAGACAAGUGGCAGCACAGCGCCUGCUUUGUCCUCCCAAAGACUACUGUGGUGUCACUGCUAUCACCACUGCCCAGAGGACUCCACCAACAACACCUGCAGGACCGAUGGCUACUGUUUUACCAUGGUGGAGGAGGAGGGAGGGGUACCGGUCCAGACUGCAGGCUGCCUGGGGCUCGUCGGGUCAGAGUUUCAGUGCCGGGACACAUGGAACGCACGUCAGAGGAGAUCCCUGGAGUGCUGCACAGACCAAGAUUACUGCAACAGAAACCUGCAUCCUACUCUGCCACCGCUCAAGCCUCCUCUCUAUGUUGACGGAAAGAUCCACCACAUGGCAUUGUUGAUCUCAGUCACUGUUUGCAGCAUCAUAUUGGGCGUCAUUAUUGUCUUCUGCUACUUCAGGUAUAAGCGUCAGGAGUCUCGUCCUCGCUACAGCAUUGGUCUGGAGCAGGAUGAGACCUACAUUCCCCCCGGAGAAUCUCUGAAGGACCUGAUAGAGCAGUCUCAAAGCUCUGGCUCGGGCUCAGGCCUCCCUCUAUUGGUCCAAAGAACAAUAGCCAAGCAGAUUCAGAUGGUGAAGCAGAUCGGCAAGGGGAGGUAUGGAGAGGUGUGGAUGGGCAGGUGGAGGGGAGAGAAAGUGGCUGUGAAAGUUUUUUUCACCACUGAAGAGGCCAGUUGGUUCAGAGAGACUGAAAUCUACCAGACUGUCUUAAUGAGACACGAGAACAUACUGGGUUUUAUAGCCGCAGACAUUAAAGGAACCGGCUCCUGGACCCAGCUCUACCUGAUCACAGACUACCACGAAAACGGCUCUUUGUACGACUACCUCAAAUCCACCACCCUCGACAACAAAGCCAUGCUGCGACUGGCCUACUCAUCUGUAUCGGGACUGUGUCACCUCCACACGGAGAUCUUCGGCACCAAGGGAAAACCUGCCAUCGCUCACAGGGAUCUGAAGAGUAAGAACAUACUGGUGAAAAGAAACGGGACCUGCUGUAUAGCUGAUCUGGGAUUGGCGGUCAAGUUCAUCAGUGACACCAAUGAGGUAGACAUCCCUCCCAACACCAGAGUCGGCACAAAGCGCUACAUGCCUCCAGAGGUUCUGGACGAGACUUUGAACAGAAGUCAUUUUCAGUCGUACAUCAUGGCUGACAUGUACAGCUUUGGGCUCAUUCUCUGGGAGAUUGCUCGCCGUUGUGUCUCAGGAGGGAUCCUUGAGGAGUACCAGUUGCCGUACCAUGAGUUAGUUCCUACCGACCCUUCAUAUGAAGACAUGAGGGAGGUGGUCUGCAUCAAGAGACUACGACCAUCCUUUCCUAACCGAUGGACCAGCGAUGAGUGUUUGAGACAGAUGGGGAAGCUGAUGACAGAAAGCUGGGCCCACAACCCGGCCUCCCGCCUCACAGCGCUGCGGGUCAAAAAGACACUUGCCAAGAUGUCAGAGUCACAGGAUAUCAAGCUGUGAGCAGCCGCUGCCAGGUGUGUGUUUACACACAUAGAAAGGGCACUAACAAUCACACUGGCACAGGCCGCACAAACUUUCAUAUUUUUUGGUUUCUGGGAAACGGAGGCAGAACAGGAAUCAAGAAGGUCACUUUGGAGAUCGAAGGAUCACAGACUUUGAGUCCAGAAGCCCAGAACCCUGCAACACAAGUCCCAUUAAAAAAUAUAUAAAUACAAAGAUUACAGGACAACAGAGGGUAUGAAAACAAUCACGUCUCACAUGGCCCUGUUCCAUCCAUCAGAGGAGACGAGACAAUCUCAUUUCACACUAGUGAGGACUCCUGCUAUAGGCUCCUGUUCACAUGCUCUGAAGGCCUUGGAGAAAACGUUUGACUUGGCACUGUAGCUGCAGAGAUAGGCAAACACCAGGCUACUGACCAGCGAGUGGAAUAAUAUAUCACUGCUUUCUGUGAAAGCUACCCUACCUGUAGAUGAAGGUCUGAUUGACAGAACUGAAGGGAUGUAAUUAAAGGCAACCUGUUACUGCAGCACCACACCUCCUUUCAAAACACUCACCCCGCUCCAGGAUUUAUAAUUGGAGUAAAACACAUUUGUCACUCUUUAAUUGACAGCUUUUUGUUAAAAUAACUGACACAGUAUGACAGAAAAAAAAGGUAUUUUAAGGCUUUAAAAGUUUUGUUAACGCUGGUACCGUUUGUAGACACUGAAGAAAAGCUAUACCUGUAUUUGUGAUGGUCUAUGAAAGUUGUUAAAAAAGUGUAUUUUUCAUGUAAAACUCAAACUCUUCAAGACUUUAUGUGGAAAAAAAAAUAAAAUGUAUAUGUCCAAAUAAGUUGUGGAUCGAGGCUCUGCUGGCCUCUGUGUUUCCUUGCCCUCAAAUCGACGUGAAGUGAGGACAGCAGGCGUCGCGUGUGAUUGAGAGAAGCAGAACAGUGCCACCUAUUGGUGUAGUAGUAGUGAUCGAUUAUAAAUGUGUGGAAUUGUGACUGUGUUAGUUUAGGGCUACCACAAUCUGUUUAUCAUAAGAAUCGCUAUCAUUCAGUCAUUUCCAAUCUGAUAACAAGGCUGAGUGGAUUUAAGGCACAUGGAGAGGAAGCCUUCACUUAAGAUAUAACAGUUAAGCACAUGUCAUUGUUUAUUGAUUGAAAAACGAACUGGUCCUAAAAUAAAACCCACCAAGCUGUCGUAAAACAACCCCCCCAAUCAGAAUUGUCCUGACCACCAGAGGGCCUCAUUCACGUACAUUAAAGCUCAUGUGAAACCAAUUCCCCAUAAUAAAACAUUUUCAGAUGAAGUCAAAAGGAACUUGAGUCAGUCAAAAAAUCGAUCACUAGAUUUUCUUGGAGUUUCUCCAUUAAAUCAAAUUCUCACUGAAGCAGUUUUCAGAAAUGAACUCAGGAAAAUGUCUGGAAAAUUGGGUCUGGACAUUUUCCUAAGAUUGCCUUUCACAAGAACGCGGCAGGAGAUUGUCUGAGUCAGACGCGUUCACAACAAGAGGAAUAGUCCGGAACUUUCAGAUGAGGGCCAGCAUCUGGGUAGAGCAUGCAGGAGACAAAAUAUGACGCUACGUUUUCUGGACAUUUUACCAGAGGGCUGGCAGGGAAAGGUCCGUAAAAUAUCUGGAGCAACAGAUUUGGACAUUUGUGAUCUCACAUACAGCCCCUCUGGAAAAUUUCAGGAAAAUGUUUGGAUUUAAGUGUGUCUGAAAGCAGCUAUAUUUGCAGCAGGCGGGAAGUUUAACCGGCCUUACAGCCUCUAUAUUGACCAGUGGUAGAGAUAAAUCUGGACACCUUUCAUUACUCAACAGACUGUUAUAUUCCAGACGUCCCUUAAAAAGCAGCACCUCACAGUUUGCCGUCCAUUUGUAAAAUCCUCGGGAAACUUCCUUUGAGACGUCAAUGCAUUUCCUUUCUUGGCCUCAGCUGACUGAAAUCAUGUUGUGCUCGUCACCAUUGGAGGAUUGUGUGUGACGGAUUUUUUGUGAUAUAAAUGCCCUUUCUUUCCUCUCGGGUGUUGUGCAUUAUUUAAUCUGUACCUACUGUAGUUGUCUGUGAGAGAAAGUGGUGUUUUUAUUCAGUGAAAAAAAGGUUGAACAUUCCCACAA